GGAGGGGGGGUGAAAUAACAUUGCUGCCUUUACUCGACUUCGCGACGGGGAUUAAUAAAGCAGGAGAGGCUGAUAAACCGCUAAAUUACUCGCCUUAUUUAUUUUGGAUUGUUAUUUGAGCGGUAAGGAGGGAUGAUAAGGGCACGUUAUGCUUCAUUCUCCGCGGAUUACGAGCCGAAACCCGUCGCUUUUCUUCCCUCAGCUGUCCAGCAGUAACGGGCUCUAACUGUCCGCCUGUUUAACGGAGUCUUAAAGCGAAAAGCUGCAAAGUUUGUUUGUGAGCGCUGAACGGCGGUUCAGCUAAAAUGGAAGCCGAAGCGGUGACCGCCGUGCUGGGCUGAGCCGGACGGGCGGCGGCGGAGGGGCUGUUCCGUGGCCGACCGGAGUGGGGAUGUGGGCCGGGCUGGACGAGUCCCAGAGCUCGGCUAGCGUUAGCUUUAGCCUGAGGGGCGAGAACGCUGGUGUACGUUUAAGCUGCCUUAACGCUCCACGCGCCGCACGCGCUUUAGUUUUACAUGUGUAAAUAAUGUGACCGUUAGAGUGUAAACUGAGGGAAAAUAACCGGUUUGAAAAUUUGAAUAAUGCGACCGUUGGUUUGUAAACGGAGAGGCAAAAAAACGGAUUGAAAUUUGAAUUAUGAAAAUUGGUGUAAACUAAGGGGAGAAAACGGAUUUGAAUAAUGAGGCUGUUUUUGUUUAAACUGAAGAGAAAAAAAGACCAGAUUAAAACCUGAUGGUUUUGACUUUCUAGUGGGAAUUAGCUUAAUGGUUAUCAAUCGAAUCCUCUAGUUUCCUGUAGGACGCCUUUAGAUCCCAGGUAUAGAUCCCACUGAUGGGAACCAGUGCAGCUGAAAUCGGAACACCUGUUAAACCAUUAGAGUCCUUUACACUGUGAUAUUAACCCAUCAGAAAAACACAAAAUACCAACAGAACAACAGAUUUGUCUUUUUCAGCAGGUCUUAGUUUCUUACAGUCUUUUACCGUAAUGCGUGUCAACUGAAUAAUUGCCACUCGCUUUAGUUUUAUGUGUAUUUUUGAAUAAUGACGCCAUAUUAAAAGCAUAUACAGAAGGAAGAGAGAAAAAAGUGCCGUUAUUCAUUCAAAUGUUGGUUCUAUUAAGUGUGAUGAGACUUUGCGACUAUGUUCAUGGAAGUUGGUGAAGUUGUUGAAACAUUAAGUAAGUGUGUCGAAGACUUGUUUGCCUGAACGCUGGUUAAAAUGGUGGAGGGUCAGUGCUGCCUGCAGAGGGAGGGCGUUUACCGCUGGUUCUCCGGGCUGAACUCAGCACAGCGGGCCGAGUUCCUUUGCGGCCUUCUGGACCUCUGCGUGCCUGUCGAGUUACGCUUUCUCGGCUCGUGCCUGGAGGACUUGGCCCGCAAGGACUACCACUCUCUCCGGGAUGCGGAGAUAAAGGCAAACAACCCGGCCGACCUGGCUCACCUCACCAACAUCACGGAUGAGGUGGUGCGGAGCAAGCUUCUCGUGUCCCUGGCGUUGCUGAGCUCGGAUAACCGGGCGGCAGCUGCAGUGUUGUUUCGUACCCUCACACACAUCGACGCCGUCAUCCACAACUAUGGACUCCAGCUGAACGACGGCCGCACUGGGGAGCAGUUCCUGCUGCUCUUCACCAUGGCCUCCAAUCACCCGGCCUUCAGCUUCCAUCAGAAGCAGGUGCUCCGCCAGCAGCUCACCCAGAUUCAGGAGAUCCUGCAGGUGACAGGGGUCGAACCGGCACAUGGUGGGACCAGUGGCGGUUCACCGGCACCGACGGCAGCAAUCCCCGCCUUCCUGAGCCCACCUGGACACCUCUCCUACCGGGGAGGGCCGUGUCCCUGCUGCACAAAGCCCCUGCAAAGAGAAGUGACAACAGGCCCAGUGGACGAGGGAUUAGGGUCAGAUGUCAUGCCGCCGACCUCUGCCCCUGCUUGCCAAGACCUGCCAAUCAAAGUGCAUACUGGGAAACCUGGAAAAGUUCGGGUCGAGAGGAUCGAGCUGAAGGGAAUCGCACACAAAGCAGACUCGUCAGCAGAGUACACGCUGGAAGUUCUGUGGUCUGACUCCACACUGACAACUGUUUGCAAGACUUCUCAGGAAGUGGUGGAGUUAGUUUCCCAGCUUUCCCAGCUUUUUCCUGAUGACUGUCUGGAGAAGUUCCUGCCUCAGUCCGGCCUUGACUCCGUUCAUGAGCUGGAUCCCAGGUGCCUGAGUUCCCUCCCUCUCCACAUUAUCCGGCAUGACAGAGUGCGUCUCUUCUUCAGCUGUUCCUCUGCUCCUCCGCUGCCUGCCAACAAUUUGAGUUGUCUACCUCAGUACAGAGGAACUAACAGGGCAGUCUGUGGUGUGGCCAGCAUUCAGCCAGUCGUUAAUAUCCACGCCCCGAUACCUCAGACCUCUCCGCCUCAUCUGCCACCCCAGCCAGCCCUGACCCUGCACCCUGCUGUAGCGUUAGGAGAUGGCGUCCCAUCUCAGAAUCACCCCAAUAACCCACCUUCUCACCCCCAAACGCAACCACCUCUCCAGCAACAGCAACCCCAUUCACACCCCCAGGCCCAGACCCAGCCCAGCCCGGAGCAGAACGGCAUCCUGGACUGGCUACGCAAGCUGCGUCUACACAAAUACUAUCCUGUCUUCAAGCAGCUGACUAUGGAAGAGUUCCUUGCUCUCACCGAGGAGGACCUGAAUAAGUAUGACCUCACUCAGGGAGCGAAGAAGAAGCUGAAGACUCAGCUGGAGCUACAGAAGGAGAAAUUGGAGAAAAGAUACGUGUUGUCUCAGUUUCCUGUGUCGUGUGGGGGGGUCGCAAGAGUAACGCCAUCCAGUUACAACGGCCCUCUAACACACACACACUCAAGCAGCAGCAACACAGAGUUGCGUGUGGAGGUAGAACAAGGUUCGCUGCCUGUUCUCCGUGACAGCAGUUCCUCGUCUGGCUACUCCAGCGCCCCCUCUAGCCCCAUGACCCCUUUGUCCCGAGACGCUUCCUUCGACCGAGCCAAAGAGCCACACAGACGUGCAGACUCUGGCUCGGAGCCUGGAGAGAAAGAACGGCCGUGUUUCUUGCUCAACCCUUCUGGUUCCGGCGGCCCCAGUCGACCCACAGCUCAGGUUCUCCCGGUCCAGAAUGACCCAUUGCUAUCACCAUCACACCAGAGCAGCCUGAGCCCUCCCUCCCUCCCUCUGCUGUCACCGGGGCGAGGAUUAAACUCUGCCCGCAAGCCCCGUCCCCUGCCGCUGUGCUCCGAGGAAAGGCCCAAACCCACUGGGGCCGGGGUAGCGGUCAGCGUGCGCCUCGAAAGCCUGUUCCCUGGCAUGGGCGUAGACGCUCGUGGGCCCUUAGCUGUGCUGCGCUCUCCUCCGGGGUUGAUGGUGGAGACCAGCACUGCUCUGACUGCAACCUCUAACACCCUCCAUCACGUCUCUCACCCACCUCUACACCUGCAGGUCUCUCCCUCACCUGCCCACGCCCGCACAAGUCAGUUCCCUCACCCUGCCUCUUCCUCUUCUUGCUCCUCUUCCUCUUCUGGGUUAACCUCCAAACCAGCCUUCCCGCCUGUCAGCGCUGUUCCCGUGGCAACUGGCAGCACCGUCCCUGUGGCGGCAGUGUCUGGGAACACCUACAGCAUCAAUAGUGCCUCCGUAGCCCCGCCCAGUUCCAGUCCCAUCACAACAGAAGCGGUAGGUUAUGGUUCCAACCAAGCAAACGGCACGAGCUCGGGUUCAGCCGCUUGCGUGUGUAGCACUUGCGGCUGUAGUGGGAACUGCGGCUCCUACGGCGCGCUGCCGGCCAGCUACAGCAGCUACUUCCCACACCCGUUCUCCGGGACAUCCGUGUUUACGCUGGGGCCUCUGCUCCACUUCAGCCCACUCCUCACGGGAAGUGGCUCUGCCUCUCCCUUCUCCUAUCCCCUGGUGGCCCCGCCCCUCUACAACAGCAGCCUGUCACACGAGUCGCAGCAGAACCUCAUCCUUCCUCCCAUGCAGGGCUUUCUAGGGGGAGGGGCUAAUGUCUACCAGCCCCAUGGGAUGAUGGGAAAUGGAGGCGUGGGACAGAAGAAGACGGGGAACAUGUCCUGCUACAACUGUGGGCUGAGUGGGCAUCGCGCACAAGACUGUAAACAGCCACCGAUGGACUCUACUCAGCAAGGGAUGUUUCGUCUCAAGUAUUCUCCUCAGUCAGACAGCCAGGACUCUGGUGACUAGGUGUGAUUUGGAGAUCAUAUGUGAGGUUUUUUGGACCGGAGCCCUCGUCCGUGUGUGAACUCGCACUCACCGAAAUCCCCCCACGGGAGCAAGGCUCUGGAUUUUAUCCACAGCUGAACAAACACUCCAGCCUAGGCUUCUCCAAACGCUGUCGUCAGACUUAAGUCGAAAACCCUGAGAAAACGGUUACGAUUGUAACCUUGGAGAGAAGUUUCCUAACAGCCUAAUGGAGUGGGACGUCAUAAGAAGCAAUAAAACCAAAGAGGACAGCUUGCUUGACAAGACAAAUCUUUCGAAAGGAAAACCGCAAAGGAAGAAUGUAAACAUAGCUGUUGUGUUCUUCGCACUCUCUCCUCUCAGGUCCACCAUCGGCCUCUUCUAGCUGCGUCUUGUACAGACAUCAUCACUGCUUUUAAACCGUAACGUGCAGACAAGGCUGCUUCUUGCACAUCUCUGGUAGGACUUUGGAAAAAUAGGAAAGAAGACACUGCCAUCUUUCAGUUCUGAGGAAACACGAGUAAAGCGAUGGUUCUGACUCUCAUCUGCACCAACGCACAGGUUCUUGGAAGCCUUUCGGAAGAACGUUUAGUGGUAUUAUUGCUCUGUUCUACGUGGUUACGUUUUGGUUUUUUCAAAAUGUACCUUGUUGAUUGCCAUGAAAAACAUCAUACUACCCAGGAAAGACACUUAAUCCUUUUAUAACAAGCUCUUUUUGUUGAAUUCAGUGUCUGCGAUGUCUUUUUUUUGAUGUCGUAAUUUUGGGAAAAUCGUUUUUAAUCAUUUUGGAAAUCAUCUUGAAGGCCUUUUUGAUAUCGGAUGUCUCAGUCUUUCGCAGCUAGGCCCUCAUGUUGGGACAGAGCUACCUGCAGCAGCCCGAAGGCAAGGUGUGGAGCUCAAUCCUCACAUUUCAAGAGUUGUUUUUAAUCCACAGCUGCCUGAAGUGGCUCUUUUAAAGUAUAAACAGCUGGACAGAUUUACACAUUUGCUAUCAUUUAUUUGGAAAGGGACUCGUGAAAGGACGUCCUCAGCGGGCGAUGUUUCGUACCUGCCGAUGUACAUAUGCAUGGCGCUAGAGGCUAGCCAUAAAGCAAUCAUCGUGAACAAAUAUAGGUUUACCGAACUGCACUUUAGCCAGUUUAUCAAGGACUGCAGCUUUGCAACACACAAUGACAAUGUACUUUUAUGCUCAAACACCCAGCUGAAAGAAGUCCUUCACAUGAAAUGAGUGUUCGCAGCUGAACUCGGUCGUCGGCAGAACUUUUUCCAUGUAUUUCUUUAGCCAGAAUCCGCAGUAAUCAGCUGUGCAUGUUGCCUUAUAACAAGUAUUCGUUCUGUACAUUUGGAAUAUGUAUGUAGUCGGCGUCUUUUAUUAUCAGAAAAGGGUUGGAACUUGAAAGAUAAUCUUUUUUUUCCCCAUUGACUAUUUUGCCUGUUUUGUAUUUAACAGUGGAUACUGAAUGAAAUUUGUAUUCAGUUAUUUUGUAUACUGUGCCAAUCUGAGAUAUUUCAAAAUUAAACCCGUUUUCAGA